AUGUCACCCAAAAAGCAAAAAAAUCUUUUGAAAAGCAACGAAACGAUUUACCACGACAAAGUUCCUAUCUCCACCCGUUUCUACCUGCAACUGUUAAAAAAAAGCCAAUUUUUACCACAGUUUAUAGAAAAUGAAAAUUACGAUUACGCCUCUGAAAACGAGAAACCGAUAAACUCACCGGAGUCAAAUAAGAAAAAUUGCUUUCCAAAACGGGAAAUCGACAAGUCUUCUUACAAUCUCAGAUCGUCCGAGAAAACGGAACGAAGGGUGUUCUGUGAGAAAUCGCGGAGACGGAGAAAAAAAAUCGUGGAAAAUUUAGAGCCGAAAACUGAGAAAAAGCUAUUGAAAGAACCACUCGCUCCAAUAAUAGAAGAAAUAAAAAGUAGAGAACCGCUGAAAAGUUUCAUUAAGGGCGGUUUAGAAAUUGAUAAGAUCGCUGAAAAGUUGAAGAGUAUCGUGCGCAGUAACGCUGAAGAGAAGUUACAUAAGGAACUAUUGUAUUGCAAAGAGUCCUUUGAUAAGGAGAAUGUGGUUCCUGAUGAAGAUAAGGAAUCAGACGCUAUAAAGGAAAGUGAAUGCCAGGAAGAACGCCGGCCAAGACCGAGUCACAAGUGUUCCUACUGUGGAAAAUGUUUUGAUAGACCCUGGGUAUUAAAAGGACACCUGCGUUUACAUACCGGCGAAAGGCCAUUCCCUUGCCCCUACCCAUACUGUGGAAAGACCUUUGCCGAUCGUUCGAACCUACGUGCGCACCAACGUACCCGCGGUCACCAUUCGUGGCAGUGGCGUUGCCAGCACUGUGGCAAAGCGUUCAGCCAGAAGAGAUACCUUGAUCGGCAUCGCGCUGACGCCUGCAAAAAGUAUAAAAUGAACACGAAACGAGUGUCCCCAAUCAGCGCUCCGCCAAAGAAAGAGAGUGUCCCCCUUUACGGGAUGAUAUGUAAUAGAAGUGUGCUGACUAAACCUGACGUAGAAGUGGCCAAGAACAAUGACUGGAAUGAGGAGCCGAUCGAUUUGUCAAUGGGAAAGAGGAUGGAAGACUAA